CGCAGAUCCCAUAACAAUCAGCAAGCCGCCGCCGGCCCGCCACCGCUGAGGUCCACAUGGCGACCUCAACCGCCGCCGCCACGUCCCUCUCCUACCACCCCCUGGCGCCGAAGCCCAAACCCAGAAGAACUCCACCCCGUCUCUCCCUCCUCCCCCGCAAGCCCUGCCGCGCCGCCAGCGCCAUCUCCGCCUCCGCCGCGGCGGCCUCCGACUUCCUCGCCCCGGUCCCCUCCCUCAAGUCCCGCCUGGCCGCCGGAGACACCCUCUACGGCCUCUUCCUGCUCUCCUUCUCCCCCACCCUCGCCGAGAUCGCGGGGCUCGCCGGCUACGACUACGUGGUCGUCGACAUGGAGCACGGCCCGGGCGGCAUCCCCGAGGCGCUCGCCUGCCUCCGCGCCCUCGACGCCGCCCGCACCCCCGCCGUGCUCCGCCUCCCGGAGGCCUGCCCCGUCUGGGCCAAGAAGGCGCUCGACCUGGGCCCCGCCGGCCUCAUGCUCCCCGCCGUCGAGUCCCCCUCCGCCGCCGCCGAGGCCGUCUCCUACUGCCGCUACCCGCCCCGCGGCGUCCGCGGCGCCGCCUACCCCAUCGUCCGCGCGUCCGCGUACGGCCUCGACGACUCCUACGUCUCCCGCUGCGAGGACGACACGCUCAUCAUCUGCCAGGUCGAGACCGCCGCCGGCGUCGCGGAGGUCGAGGCCAUCGCCGCUGUUGAAGGAGUCGACGUCGUCCAGAUGGGCCCGCUCGACCUGUCGGCGAGCAUGGGGUACCUGUGGGACCCCGGGAAAAGGAAGGUGCGUGCGACCCUGAGGGAGGCCGAGAAGAAGGUGCUGGAGGCCAGGAAGAAGAAGGAUACCAAUGCGGCUUUCCUGGGUGGGUUUGCGAUGCCCAACGACCCACCGGAGCAGCUCAAGCUGAGGGGGUACAAUAUGGUGGCCGGAGCGGUGGACAUUGGGUUGUUCCGGAAGGCGGCAUUGGAGAAUGUCAAGCGGUUCAGGGAGGCGUCGAUGGAGAUCGGUGAAGAGGACGACGAGGAGGACGAGAAGGAAGAUGGAUACUGGAGUGAGUGAGCGAGCCACUGAGUUUAGCUCCGCGGGGAACUGGUGAUGGCUUCUUUUGUUUCUGUUCUGAACUGAAACUUCAGGGGCUCCAUUUCGUGUACUCUUGUUUAGUUGAUUUGGUUUUCAUGAAGCAAAUCUGUUUGGGCACCUUUGUGUUCCCAUUUGUAGGUGGUAACUGGUGAGCACCAAUAAAGAGUUGGAUUUUACUGAAA